UCCCAGCUUUCCCCCUCAUACUUCCACCGCUGCGUGACGGUCAUAUCCAGUAGUGUGUGUGUGAAGAUAAGCACCCUCGAAAGGGGGGGUGAUAGGAAUCUGCCGAGAUGUUCUCCGAAUAUGCCUCCAGAUUCCUCGCACAAUCACAGUCACGGCUUUCCACCUUUGCCGGGCAAGAUAAUGGGGACGGGGCGCUACGACCGACAGAUUGGCAUGGUAGAGCGUCACGCCCGGGGGGGCGUGGGUUUUUGGGGAGGGGUGGCGGGAACCCCUACCACCCAAGUGGCUCGCGGUUUGGGAACUUCGGCGGUUUCGGAUCUCGUUAUGCGACCAACGACGCACCGUUAUUCCAAGCGACCCUCGAACACGACGAAGAGGACGAGGAGGAGGCGGCUGAUCUGUUCGCGCUGCAGCGAUCUCGGCGCGUCUUUGCGGCCGGCCGACUCGAGGAUAGUACAGAAACAGACAACGAUGAGAGCCGUGGAUCCUUGGAGCAGAGUCAGGACGAAGGGACGUCUGCCGUAGGGGAACGGAUUCGGGGUAUUAAGAGUAGUUGGAAUGGCCCAAAGAGCUCCUUUCGCCAGACGUCAGGCAAAGAGGCGGUCAAGAACCACAAGGGAUCACAUCAGCGUACACUGGCGGAAAGUGUUGAUGCUAAGGGCAUGGAGAAUGUCGCCCUCGAGUCGACAAUCGCCGAGAGCGAACCGCCCGAGGACCUGUUGAUGGAACCGGGGGCGGAUAACGAUCCGCCAGCCUUUCAAAGAUUCCAGUCGACUGCUACCCCAACGCGGCAACUGCUCCGAAGAGACUCGUCUGCUGACUCGGAACUCGGCCUUCGCCGUCCCCGAAGCUCGCUAGACACGAACGUGAACGGCACCCCAGCGUCACAUGAUCCUGAAACCGAGAUAUUCAAGCACGAUGCUUUCUUCGCAUGGCUCUACCUCAUCGCCCAAGCAUCACUAUUCUCAACGUUCGUCCUGGUCAUGCUGCACACGGACCGGGAGGACAAGCCGCUUGGGGACACCAUCUAUACUACGCUGCGGGCCUCCUUCCACCUCCUGGCCGUUGAUACCCUGGUGUCCAUCAUCGUCUCCCUUGUCUGGCUCGCAGCGCUGCGGUCGUUUGUGAAACCGCUGGUGACACUGGUGCUGGUUGCGGUACCAGUGAUUCUGAUAUCGUUUUCGCUGUACCCCUUCAUCUCCAGCUACCAGUCGACCAGUGGCAGCACGCGGCUGCAAGAUACCAUGAUGCGGUGGGCGGCCAGUGUCCCUGCCGUCUCUGCGGUAGUUUGGCUGUACUUGGUGUACAAGGGGCGGCACGCGCUCCAGUCAGCAGUUGGCAUUCUGGAGUUUUCAAGCCGGAUCUUGGCGGCUAACUCGGCCCUUGUGCUGGUCGGCCUGGCAUGCCUGGCUGUGGUGGUGGUUUGGACCUGGAUCUGGCUGCUCAUGUUCACCCGGGUUUUCCUGGGUGGCAGCUUUUCGAGCAAACUUGCUAGGUUCGUCAUCAGCGCUUCGAGCUGGUGGCUCGGGGUGUACUUUUUCCUCAUGUAUAUCUGGACUUUGUCCAUCAUCUCUGGCGUCCAGCGGAGCACCACAGCAGCGACCGUCUCCCAGUGGUACUUCCAUCGCAACGCGGUACCGGCCCCGUCCUCCCGGGAAGUUGUCGCAGCUGCCCUGGGGCACUCAUUGACGACCAUUUUUGGAAGUAUCAGUUUGUCGACUCUGCUGGCCCUGGCUGUUCGCCUUCCGCUGCUGUUGCUACCCCAGCGGUUGGCUAACAUCCUCAGCAUGUUCGCCUACUCGUUCGUUCCGGCGCCGAUUGCCGCCCUGACGAACCCGUUGACCUUGACAUAUGCGGCCAUUCACUCGCAGACGCUGGCCAUGUCGUCCAGGGGCCUGAACCAGAUGGAUUUCCUUUCGCCGCAGCGACCGACCACCACGCUAACGCCGGCAGCGCUCCCCAAGGGCAACAGAUACUCGCCGUUGCUGCCUUAUCGGCUCGCCAAGCUCAUCUUGCAUGCGACUAGGUUUAUCAUGGCCAUUGCUUUGGGCUUCGCGGGCUGGGUUAUGACGGCGAGGCAGCUCAAGAUUGAGCAACCGAGCGGGCUCGGCCUGCGAGGCAGCGCCUAUGCGUAUGUGGUUGGCUUGGUUGCCAGCUUCAUUGGCUGGGGCAUCCUCGGAGCAAUGGAAGGCAUCCUGAGCGGCAUUGUGGACGCCGUCGUCAUCUGCUACGGCAGCGAGAAGCGCAUGGCCACAGGUGCCGGAGCUUACUGCAUGGAGGCGGCAUACCUCUUUGGGGAUCGGAGGAUGGAACACCAGAGGAAUGAUGUCUAUUGAUCUUCUCACAGCGCGGCGUUAUCGGGGUAGAUGUUUACUGGGAUGGGAAAUGGACGGAGUUGCACAUGGUCUGGGCACUGGUCGAAGCCUGCAGCAUCCGGAUGGAAAUUGCUAGAUAAGA